AUUGCUCUCUGUGGCAGCAUCCCAAACAGAGUCAGCCGGAUGCUGAGCAGGCAGCGCAGGAUUGGAUCCAGCCCUGGAGGGAGCAUCUCGUGAGCAGAGUGGGAGCAGGCAGCCUGCAGACUCCAGACACCUCCACCAUGACCACGGCAGGGCUUUUGGUGCUCCUCUCCUUCGCGCUUUGCUGUGCCCCAGAUACUGCCUUUGGGAUUGAGGUGGACUGCAGUACAUACCCCAACACCACAAACGAGGAGGGCAAGGAGGUGCCGGUCUGCAGCGACGCCGUCAGCCCCAUCUGCGGUUCCGACAGCGUCACCUACAGCCACGAGUGCCUGCUCUGUGCCUACAACGUAGAAUAUGGAACCAAUGUCAGCAAAGACCACGAUGGAGAAUGCAAGGAAGAUGCUCCUGUGGAUUGCAGCAGGUACCCCAACACAACCAGUGAGGAGGGCAAAGUGGCGCUGCUGUGUAGCAAAGACGUCAGUCCCGUCUGUGGGACCGACUGGGUCACCUACGACAACGAGUGCCUGCUCUGUGCCCGCAGCCUAGAGGCUGGAAGCAGUAUUGGCAAGAAGAAUGACGGCGAAUGUAAGAAGGAAAUUGUCACAGUUGACUGCAGGGAAUACCCCAAACCUGUCUGCUCACUUGACUACAUGCCUGUCUGUGGCUCUGACAACACAACAUACAACAAUAAGUGUAACUUCUGCAACGCAGUCGUGGACAGCAAUGGGACUAUCACUUUAAGCCAUUUUGGAAAAUGCUGA